AUGGUUAAUGGAAUAGAUGCCGCAUGUCUGACAUGUCGUCAAAAAUCACGACGGUGUGAUCGUACGCGGCCGAUGUGCAAGCGAUGUAUCAGCAAAGGACUUCAAUGUGGCGGGUAUCCCGACAAAUUUCGAUUUUGCGGGAUUGCCAGCCGAGGGAAGUGGAAGAAUCGAGAUGCUCCUAUCGAUGAAAUUGUAUCAGCAGAUAACCCCCCGACGAGCAGGAGAGACAAUUUUUCAGGGUCAAGUACCCCCGGGAGUGCUUCUAUUUCUCAAGGUCUCACGCCAAAUGACGGACCCGAGAUCGAAAAAGUUCUCAAGUCAGCAGAAACUGCAACUCUACUCUCCCAUUCACAGCCGAUCGAUAGCAGUGAAAACCCCUAUCGACUUUAUGUUAUCCCCCUAGCCCACGAACAAAUUGGCCUCUUAUAUUCGGUGCUCGCGCUUUCUGCAUGCCAUCUUGGUCAUUUGAAAUCUGAUAGACACCUUUACGAAGACGUUGCAGUAUACUAUCGUCUUAAAGCAAUCACCGAGCUUAGCAUUGCGAUCAAGAAGGUAUGCUCCGGGGAUUUCAGCGCGGAUGAUCGGGAUGGUGUUUUUGCCACCAUUCAAAUUCUUCUUCUGCAUGAUUUAUGUGAAUCGGGCAUAUCGUCCCAUGGAGCUCACAUUUCUGGCGCCAUGUCGAUUAGCUCUCAGUUGAUGCUGGACCAGCAGUUGCUGGAUAUUAUUCGCGCAUUUUCCGCCCCUGGGAGACUGUGUUUCUCUCAAAGGCUUCGCAAGAAACUACUAUCAUUGGGUAAUUUGCGAUUUGAGUCGGUGAAUGGUUGUCCCCGUGAAUUAGUCUUGCUGAUCGGGGAAGUACUCGAGCAUGCCAAGACUCAUUCAACCGGUGACCUGGGUACCAAGAAGUAUAAUGAAAGCUUGCAAAGCCUGAUUCACAAGUUUUAUAUCUGGGAUAGCUCAUGUUGUUUGUACCCCGAUGAAAAUCCGCUUUGGCCAUCUGUUGCCGAGGCAUAUCGUCACACCUGCAUUCUGCGCACUCGACGUCUUCUAGACGAGAUGGAAUCUGCUGCCGAGCCAUGCAUACAAGACUCGGUCACCAAAAUUUUGGAUUCAAUUGCAAAUAUUCCAGGGUCUAGCCCGUUGAUCGAACUUCUGGUACUCCCCUUGUUCAUGGCUGGAGCGGAUUGUCUUUCUCCGCAUUCACGACACUAUAUCUUGUUGCGGUUGAGAGAAAUUGAUGCCAGAUCAGAGAUGGGUGUUUCGGCGCCGCAGACCCUACUUGAAAAAGUAUGGCAUGCACGGGCGCAGAAACCGGCGCAUGAUCGAAGCAAUUCUCCCUGGAUGCUUUUCGUGAGUUCAAUCGCCUAA